CUACACGAAUCAAAGAAGGUGACAUACAAAAUAAUCAAUCUCCUAAAACUAUGAAGAAAUCAGUGAUCAUAUUCACAGGUAUACUUUGGUUGGCCACUGCCAUUUCAAGCAUGGCAAUUGACCAAAGCCCCAAGGCAGUGGAGAAGUGGUUUAAAACCCUACCACAAAGGCAUGAAAAGGUAACCGAACUCCACUUCUACUUCCACCGGUUAGGCGGCUCCGCCCCCUCCGCUGCCACAAUCGCAAGGGCGAACACGACCACGCCUAACUCGUUCGGGCUGACCGUGAUGAGGGACGAUCCUCUCACGGUGGGGCCGGACAUCUCGUCCGCGCACAUGGGCUACGCGCAGGGAAUGUCGUCCACCGUGUCGUUGGAAGAAGUGAUCCUCGUCGACUACUUCACCCUCUCCUUCACCGACGGAAGCACCCUCGCCGUCCUCGGCAGCAACGCCAUAUUCCACCAGUACCGCGAGCUGCCCAUCGUCGGCGGCACGGGGGCUUACCGGUUGGCGCGUGGGGUUAUCACAUUCCAGACGUACUUCUUCAACCCUGCCACUAGGGAAGCUUCCAUCCAGGCAGACGCCGUCGUUUUCCAUUAUUGAUUAUUUCUUUGCUUUAAUUUUCUUCCUUGAUUGUGUUUGUGAGUAAAAUUUGUGUGAUUCUCUUUCUUGAUUAAUGCCAUCGUGUGUUCGUGUUUGUCAAA